AUGUUUUCCCGAGUGUGCAGUCUUCUCAUAGCAAGACGUCAGUCUAUCUACAUCAGUUUAUUUCUUUCUUUCUUUCUAUCUAUCUUUUUCUAUCUAUCUAUCUAUCUAUCUAUGCUAGUUUCUAUCUUUCUCUCUAUGCCAGUAUAUUUCUAUCUAUCUAUCUAUCUAUCUAUCUAUCUAUCUAUCCCAGUUUUUUUUCUUUCUCUCUAUGCCAGUAUAUUCUUUCUUUCUUUCUUUCUUUCUUUCUUUCUUUCUUUCUUUCUUUCUUUCUAUUUAUGCCAGUCUCUAUCUUUCUCUCUAUGCCAGUAUAUUUCUUUCUUUCUUUCUUUCUUUCUUUCUUUCUUUCUUUCUUUCUUUCUUUCUUUCUUUCUAUGCCAGUAUCUAUCUAUCUAUCUAUCUAUCUAUCUAUCUAUCUAUCUAUCUAUCUAUCUAUCUAUCUAUGCCAGUUUCCAUCUUUCUCUCUAUGCCAGUAUCUAUCUAUCUAUCUAUCUAUCUAUCUAUCUAUCUAUCUAUCUAUGCCAGUAUAUUUCUUUCUAUCUAUCUAUCUAUCUAUCUAUCUAUCUAUCUAUCUAUCUAUCUAUCUAUGCCAGUUUCUAUCUUUCUCUUUAUGCCAGUAUAUUUCUAUCUAUCUAUCUAUCUAUCUAUCUAUCUAUCUAUCUAUCUAUCUAUCCACGCCAUUUCAUUCUUUCUUUCUUUCUUUCUUUCUUUCUUUCUUUCUUUCUUUCUUUGCCAGUAUAUUUCCUUCUUUCUUUUCUUCUUUCUUUCCUUCUUUCUUUCUUUAUUUCUUUCUUCCUUUCUUUGUAUCUAUGCCAAUUUAUUUCUUUUUUUUUCUAUUUAUUUAUCUAUCUAUGA